AACACUUACCUAAACAUGAACACCAAGGUCUUCAUCCUUUUGGGUCUGGCAGCCAUUGCUGCUGCAGACAGUUUUGAAUCCUAUGAAUAUAGGCCACCACAGAGACGUUCCUCCGAGGAAUCCUACGAAUCCGGAGAAGCCAAGUACGACUUUCAAUGGGCUGUCGAUCACGAAGACUCCGGCAACAACUAUGGACACCAGGAAGCCCGUGACGGUGAAGACACUCAGGGAUCCUACUACGUGCACCUCCCCGACGGCCGCCUCCAGACCGUGAGAUACGUCGUGGACGGUGAUGAUGGCUACGUGGCCGUUGUCAACUACGAGGGCGAAGCUCGUUUAACUGACUCCUACGAGUCUGCUUCCUUCGAGUCCCGUGAAUACAGGCCACGAUACGUCUAUGACUCCAACGAGUCCAAGUAAAGAUUCCUUCAGUAGUGACUUUGUGGUAAAGCAUGUAAAACUAUUUAUAUAUUUAUAAAUAAACUUGCAAA